AUCUGAUCUGACAUUGGCUUGCCCGCCCUGUGAAGUCAGAGCGUCGCGCUGGAGAAAGAGAAGUGGUGUCGGGCAGUGAACUCUCCACUUCUUGAAUGACAGCAAACAAAAACUGUGCAUUAUGAAGUUUGUACACAUUAUAUCACUCCUCCUAGGGAUAUCAUUGUUCCCUUUCAUAGGAAAUGCUGAUGGUGAAACAACACCCUUAGUUUCUGUAGAUAAUACGGGGACACAAAACAGUCAGUUAAAUACUGUUGGUGUAGAGUUAUCUCCCUCUGUACGUUAUGUGAUGACAACACAACAACUUGCUGAUGUACCUACUGAAGCUGAGCAGUCUACAGCAGCUGAUCAUACCGUGUUAACUCGUAACACAGUGAACCCUACCGUUGGUGAUCAAACUGUACUUGGAACUCGCAACACAAUGAGCCCUCCUGUUGGUUAUCAGACUAUGCUUGGAACUCGUAACACAAUGAGCCCUACUUUUGGUGAUCAGACUAUACAUGGGACUGAUUCUCAUUUGACUGCUGAGCAGACAAAUGUAGACUCUGGUAUUGCAGCAACUAUCAAUAUUGUAAGUACUGUUCCAAGGGACAAUACAACAUCCCUAUAUACAAAUACAAAUAGAGGUGUAACUUCCACCAAGUAUGCCCCAGUGACCCCAGAUAUCAAUACAACCCAAGCUGCUGUAGUUACAACCGAGUCAUCUAUAAUUAAAACAGUCCAGUCAGAUGUAGAUACAACCCAGUCAGCCAUAAAUACAACCCAGUCAGAUGGAGAUACAACCCAGUUGGGUGUUGAUACAACCCAGUCAGCCAUAAAUACAACCCAGUUGGUUGUUGAUACAACCCAGUCAGCCAUAAAUACAACCCAGUUGGCUGCAGGUACAACCCAGUCAGCCACAAAUACAACCCAGUCGGCUGCAGAUACAAUGCAGUCAGCCAUAAAUACAACCCAGUUGGCUGCAGAUACCACCCAGUUGGCUGCAGAUACAACCCAGUCAGCCAUAAAUACAACCCAGUUGGCUGCAGAUAGCACCCAGUUGGCUACAGAUACAACCCAGUCAGCCAUAAAUACAACCCAGUUGGCUGCAGAUACAACCCAGUCAGCCAUAAAUACAACCCUAGCAGCUAUAGUUGCAUCUCAAUUUCCUAAAACAACAAUCCAGGCAAUUGUAGAUAGAAGCCAGUUACCCAUCAAUACAACCCAAGUAGCUGUAAUUACAACUAAAACACCAGUAAAUACAACCCAGUCACACAUAGAUAUACCCCAGACAGCUGUAGAUACAACACAAGCAUCUGUAAAUACAACACAAGUAGCUGUGGAUACAACACAAACAGCUGUAAAUACAACACAAGCAGCUGCAGAUACAACCCAUGCCAACAAUGGUCUGACUGUGUCAGAUGUAGUACCUGAUACAACCAAGGCAGCCCAAGGCACAAUCACAGAGGGAGCAAAGAAAACUUCAAUAAUCCCAGAAGCACAGAGUACAGCCACCCCUGAGUCAUCGCAAAAAUUUGCAUCAACUUCCCAAACUACACAAAAAUCAACCAAAGAUAUUUUAACUCCAAGUCCAACCCAGGAAAUAUUGGUACCUCCAAGUAUUGACAAAGAUGAUCUAACAACAGAGCAGAAAGAAGGUACAGUUACUGUUGGAUUAGAAACUACACUAAAACAUUGGGAAGAAAAGCUUUGGGAAGAUUUUGUUGAAUUAAUUAAGGAGUUAAUUGUAACUGCUCGUGGUAAACCUCGUGAACGAAGUGAAGAAGUUGACCUGACUACAGAUAUUGGUACAGAUAUUCCCACAGCAACAGAUGUAACUUCUGGUACUAAUGCCAUUGUCGGCACUCCAGAGGUAAUAUUCAUUGGAGAUCCUAGUGUUGAAGGGGAAAACUUGCUUGUUUCCUUCAUAGCAGAUGAUGGCACAGGUACAUAUAUUGGCUCAAAGGAACUUGCUGAUUGGAUACGAGACAAUGAAGAUUAUCUUGAGGCACAGCUUGGAGUCAGAAUAUCAUCAAUCAGGGAAGGUUUACCUCCUGAGAAAAGAGUCGAUCCUGUAAAAGCAACUGGUGAUGAUGAAUCUUACUUUAGCAAAAAUGCAGCCCUAUUUAUAGCACUAAUAGUGAUAGCUUGCAUAUGCCUUAUUAUUAUUAUUGUUGGUUUGGUAUAUAUUUUAUGUGCUAGACAACGCCAUGAAGGCCAGCAUUAUCUUCAUGCGCGAGACACAGAAGCUGGUGGAAUUGAUAAUCCAGCCAUGACAGAAAAGGUGAACGGAGCUCAGCCUAUGCUACACAGUGCUGUAGAUGAUACUGAAAUUGUACCUUAUGAUAAUUUUACACCAGAGGAGCUAAACUUUGAUGAUGUGGAAGAUACGCACUUGUAAUGUACAAGUUACUUCAGGCGGGUGAGGGCACAUCUCAUAGGAUGUUCAUGCACUAUUUUUCGCCACAGCUAUAUACUAAUAAAUUAUGGGGAAAUCAAAAUUUUUGAAUUUUGUUUCAUCACUUUUCCAAUUUUGAAAUCUCCUCACUCAUCUGGCGUAACAUUUUUUGUUGAUGUGGGUAUAAGGUAAAGAUAUCUGUCAAAUGAAAUACUGGUAAUACAGCUGUAUUGUACUAAUACAUAAAACAUUAUUGUGUCGUAUAAUUUAAAAGCAUCAAAUGUUGCAUUCUCUUAGGACAUAGGUGUGUCCUUUCACAGUAGCAUGCUGUAUAUGUGUAAUUGCAAUCAGAGCACACAUUCUGAUAAAACUAGCCUAUCACAAAA